GCAGCGCGGUCCCGCAGCAAUGUCAGUAGCACAUUUUCCAGCAAUUAUUACAUUGCGAAUUUACAAACGUUUUGUGCUGUUUACACGUCGAGCCCAAGCGAGUUUACAACUUGUCCGGGGCGAUGAAGGCGCUCCGCAGACGCGCGCGCGGUGCGCAGCCGCAGGAGAGGCGCGCGGAGUCAGUCGGUGUCAGGGGCUUUGAGGGGUCACAGCUGAUCGCUCCGCAUGCACUCACACACUCAACUCUUGUGUUAUGCCUCCUUUUAAGCUAAAAGAGUCAGGGGAAAUACUUUUUCGCGGUGUUUCCCUCUCUAGUCAUCGCGUCUCGUCCGGGCGUUUGUUGUGUUUGGUGUUUUAAAGCGAAUGCUGAGGAUUACCGGAGCGCUCCAGAAAUCAGCGGCGUUUUUUUUUUUAAGUUUCACGACCGGAAUGGCCUCAUCGCGCCAGGACUACAUUGCACCGUGGUGGACCUACUGGCUGCACAAUUUCCCGCAUCUUAAUUUUAAUUUCCAAGCGGUUGAUAACACUUUUAAACCGGAGGACGCCAGCUAUCAGCAGUCUCUGAUCUUCCUGGUCUGUGUGUCCGCGGUGGGUCUGGGUUUGAGUCUGCUGGUGCUCUCUGCGUAUCUGACCUGCCUGUGCUGUUGUCGAAGGGAAGAGGAUGAGGAAGUCAAAAGGCCCGACACCUGCUGCGUCACAUGGGCUGCUGUUAUCACUGGUUUGGUCAUAUGUUCAGCGGUGGGCGUGGGUUUCUAUGGAAACAGCGAAACCAACGAUGGCGUUUACCAGUUGACUUACUCCAUUUAUAAUGCCAAUCACACGCUGGGUGGCAUUGGCAGUCUGGUGGGAAACUCAUUGGGUAGUAUGCAGGUCGGGCUGAAAGAACACCUGGAGCGGUUGGAUGAGAUAUUUUCUCCACGGGGAGACUAUACCCAAACCUUGCGCUUCAUGCAGCAGAUGGCCAACAACAUUAUCCAGCAGCUGACAGCCAUGCCAGACACAAGGAAGGUGCAAGUGGAUUUGGCAGCCAUCGCAGAUAAAACUUCAUUCAUAGAGUACUGCAGAUGGUUAACUUACCUGCUGCUUCUGAUUUUGGACUUGGUCAUCUGUCUCAUAGCUUGUCUGGGAUUGGCAAAGCAGUCUCGAUGGAUGCUUGCAGUUAUUCUGGUGUGUGGCGUACUGACCCUGAUCAUGAGUUGGGCGUCAUUAGGAGCGGGCACAGCCACAGCUGUGGGCACCAGUGACUUUUGUGUCUCUCCUGACAAGUUCAUUGUCAGUCAGACCAAAGACUCCUUAAGUGCAGAUAUAGUGCACUAUUACCUAUACUGCAGCCAGAGCCUUCCCAAUCCUUUCCAGCAGUCUUUGACCAUCUUCCAGAGGUCUCUGACCACAAUGCAGAUACAGGUGCAAGGUUUGCUGCAGUUUUCCGUAGCUGUGUUUCCCACCGCAGAGAAAGACCUUCGAGGAAUUCAGGGGAUCUUGAAUUCUUCAGAGUUCAAUUUGCACCAGCUUACUGCCUUGCUGGACUGUCGUAGUCUGCAUAAAGACUAUCUGGAGGCUUUGCUAGGUGUUUGCUAUGAUGGUGUGGAGGGGCUCCUGUAUCUGUGCCUGUUCUCCCUGCUGACAGCCUGUGCCUUCUGUGCCCUGCUGUGUGCCGUCCCACGUGCCUGGACCCUUAUCGCCAUCAGGGACAGGGAUUAUGAUGAUAUCGAUGAAGAGGACCCGUUUAACCCGUCCAGACGCAUCACACCGUAUAACCCCAACAGAGCUCAAGUUCACAGUUUCUGCAGCUACAGCAGCAGUAUGGGCAGCCAGACUAGUCUUCAGCCUCCACUACAGGCCACAUCCAGCACACCAGAGUACAUGAACCAGUCCAUGCUGUUUGAGAGAAAUCCUCGCUAUGAAAACGUCCCAUUGAUUGGGAGCGGUUCACCACCACCAUCGUAUUCGCCCAGCAUGAGGACCACCUACCUGUCUAUGACUGAUGCCCAAAUCAGACACUUCGGGACAGACUUCCAGAUCUAGCUUUCCUGGUUCCCCAUCCUCAAGGGGUCUCCAGCAAAGCACAAGAUGCGUUCCCUCAAUAGGCCAAGUACUGUAGACGGAGAUCUCCGGUCCCAUCACACCAGUGGAUGUUAAAGCACUAAUGUUCCAUGCAUCAAAGGGAGUUCUUAAAGACCGCAUGCCAUCCCGAGUCUCAUAGAAAGGCAAGAGAGGGUACCUGAGAGGUUUCUGGGUGAGCUCCGACCAUGUAAAUAUUCGCUUCUUCUCCUCAGGGGCUCGCCGGGUCAUUAAUAACUGUUUUCUGCAAUGGCAGCAAGCUGGAUGAGCCUGGUGUUUGAGAUUCAGAAAAACUUCAACGGUUUUGAUUAGCACUUCAGCUUAGGGCAUGCAAAUGGUAAUUAAUAACUAAAGCAAAUGAUAAUGGUUGCAUUUUACCACACAAAGGCCUUGAGCUCGAUUAUGAGCCUUAAAUGAAUAUACCCCGCCAUUUGUACUGGUUAAACAGACCAAAUGAUAUAGAAUGAGACAAAUGAUGGUCUGCUGUGAUGAAGAUGUUUUGCAUGAGGAACAAGGUGUUUUGUCGGUGCCUCUCUUUAAAUAGAAGUGUCUGUAAUCCAGUAGAUAAAUGUGUCUGCUAUUCAGUUCAGACUGUAUUUGUGAGCCUCGUGGCACAGAACAAAGAUAAAUAUUAAUCAUAUGGUAGAUACGGGGGGAUGAACAAUUUUGAAAUCGCAGACCGAGUAGUCGUUUGUUUGGUUCAAGCUUCUUAAAGCAUCUUAGUCCGUAUGCCUGUGUCUUUAAACUAGACCGAAGCUGACAAAGCCUAUUUUUCUAGUUUAAGCGCUUUCGUGUGUUUCCACUGACGUACUGUAUAGACCCGGCCAUUUCUAAAGAAAUGAUUUAUAAUAGCGCUGUUCGGACAGGCAGCUGUUUAUUAUCCCAGUCAAUGAAAAAGAAUCAAAUUAGAUUAGAUUAUACACGCAUUCUACCACUGUUAUUGGGGGGUUUUUUUGUUUUGUUUUGUCAUAACAUUUUUUUUUAUUGUUAAUGUAAUACGUUUUUGUGACGUUUGAUUCAAUAAAUAAUUUUUACUGAAA